CUCCAACAUGGCGGCCGCCCAGGACGUCCACGUCCGAAUCUGUAACCAGGAGAUCGUGAAGUUCGACCUGGAGGUGAAGGCGCUCAUCCAGGACAUCCGAGACUGUUCGGGACCCUUGAGCGCGCUGACCGAGCUCAACACGAAAGUGAAAGAGAAGUUCCAGCAGCUGCGCCACAGGAUCCAGGAGCUUGAACAGUCAGCCCGAGAGCAGGACAGAGAGUCGGAGAAGCAACUUCUGCUCCAGGAAGUGGAGAAUCACAAAAAGCAGAUGCUCAGCAACCAGACGUCAUGGCGGAAAGCCAACCUCACCUGCAAACUGGCCAUCGACAACCUGGAGAAGGCACAGCUGCUACAGGGCGGGGACCUUCUGCGGCAAAGGAAGACCACCAAGGAGAGCCUGGCGCAGUCGUCGAGCGCCAUCACCGAGAGCCUCAUGGGUAUCAGCAGGAUGAUGGCGCAGCAGGUGCAGCAGAGUGAGGAGGCCGUGCAGUCCCUGGUCAAUUCUUCCCGGACUAUCCUGGAUGCCAAUGAGGAGUUUAAGUCCAUGUCAGGCACCAUUCAGUUGGGACGGAAGCUCAUCACCAAGUACAACCGCCGGGAACUGACCGACAAGCUGCUCAUCUUCCUGGCCCUCGCCCUCUUCCUCGCCACUGUCCUCUACAUCAUCAAAAAGCGCCUCUUUCCCUUUCUGUGACUGUGGAGUGCCCGACUCCUGUGUCCGGGGGGCCACGUUCCUGAAUGCGGCCCACUGCGUGCUCAGAAGUUGGGAUCUAACGGCCCCAGGCAGCUGCUAGUGACCCGCUAAUGGAAGGCCAGCAGAGGACAGAGAACGUGACGCCCAGGCCCGCCUCUGGGGCGUGCGG